AUGCAGAGGGUUCUAGAGAUGCUAGCGAAGAUGGGAAGUGAGAUGGUGGAGCUGAAACAUCGAGUAUCCGAGCAAAGCGACACGAUCAGGAAGCUGAACGCCACGGUUUACAAACAAAGCACCAUCAUUCAGGGACAGGAAGAUCUGAUCCGAGGCUUGGAAGCCCAGGUCCAGAAAUCCAAGGAAGAAUUUCGACAUAAGAGCGAAGAGCUCAACAAGGAAAUGAAACAGGAGCACCGGGAGCUUAAGCGAGAAUUGGUCGGAGUGGAAGAGCAGCUAGAUCAGCUGAUGCAAAAGCUGGACGUAUCGGACGAGGUGGCUUUGCCAAGCGGCCCUCGAGCAACGUUUGCGGACGUCGCGCGCGCCCUGCCAAACAGUCCGCCCUCCAUCGAACAGGAACAGAAGCCGCUCAAUCAGUGGCACCCCCCGGCCGGUUGCCGCGUUGUCGCCGUCGGCUUUGCGAAGGUUGUCGAUGUGGACGAUUGCUCGGUGGCGCUGCAGCUCGCCGUUGAGCAGCCGUGUCAGGGAGUCAAGCGCGUCGGCAGAGACUUCAAUGCCUAG